AUGAGGCCACUGUUGCUAAUACUAUUGUUGUUUGUUGCCGCCACUGCUUCGACUACUUACGUCCCUGACGAUCCUAUAUCUGGCGAAGAUAUAGACGAAAGUAUAAGGGCAUUGAGUAAACCAAACGAAGUGGUUGAUAUCAAUACAAAAGGCGGCCCGAAUUCAAAGCCAACAAACGAAGCGAACGUUCCUACCGUCGCAUUGAAGGUAAAACGGACUCUUCAAAAUCCAAGAAGACAAAGAGCUGAAGAAAAUGCUGAUGGCUCUAGUCAAAUCAUCCAAAUACGUGGAGCCGUACUAACUGGAAAAUGA